AUGGUAGCUCCAAGUAACAACGCAAAUGGCAGCAUUGGUAAUGCUACACCUCGAACCCUUGUCGGUAAAGUAGCCCUUGUUACCGGAGGUGGGCGCGGUAUUGGCGCCGGUAUUGCCCUUGAACUCGCAAAAAGAGGUGCAUAUGUUGCCAUCAACUACUCGUCCAGCGCCAGCUCUGCCAACCAAGUCAUUCAGUCCAUCGAGGCUGAGGGCUCUCGCGGCGCUGCUUUCAAAGCCGACAUUACCAAAAUCGAGGAGAUUGAAAAUUUGUUCAGCAGCGUGCAGAGAUACUUUGGCCGCAUUAAUAUCGUUGUUUCUAAUGCGGGUGUCGAAAAAUUCAAGCCCUUGAGUGAAACAACUUUGGAGGACUUCAACGAGGUUUUCAACGUCAACACUCGUGGACAAUUUUUUGUCGCCAAAGCUGCUCACAAGUACAUCGAGGAGGGCGGACGUGUGAUUCUGAUGUCUUCCAUCGCCGCCGGUGUCAGUGUUCCGGGCCAUGCUCUGUAUGCCGGUAGCAAGUCGGCUGUUGAGGGCUUCACGCGUUGCUUCUCUGCUGAUUUUGGCGACAAGCGUUGUACGGUAAACGCUAUCGCACCGGCCGGCAUCAAAAGUGACAUGUGGUUGGCGAACGCUUGGCGAUAUGCUCCAGGUUGCGACAAAACUUCCUCACUAGAGGAGAUCGAAACCGCUUUAGCGAACGGUAGCCCCCUGAAGAGAUGUGGUGUUCCCGCCGACAUUGGUCGGAUUGUUUCUUUCCUUGCCAGCCCAGAUGGUGAAUGGAUCAAUGGGCAAGUCAUUCCAGUUAAUGGAGGCGCCAAUAUCUGA